AUGAAUACGCCGGAUUCUCUUUCUAGUAUUAUUGAAGCUAUUAGGGACCACCUGAAUUGGCACAACUGCAACCGACUCACUCCGUUCAUCUCAGUAUUUGACGAGGAAGAGAGGGCGGAAAAUUGGGCUCUGGCCUUGCACCGCAACGACGUUCAGAUGGCAGAAAUUGAUACGAGUCUUCUCGAAAUACUGUUGCUUUCCCUCUGGAAAGAGCUCGGCAAGUACUGA